CCCGGGAGCCGGGCGGGGCAGCCCCAGCGGCGGCGGCACCUGGGACCGGGAGCCGGGCGGGGCAGCCCCAGCGGCGGCGGCACCUGGGACCGGGAGCCGGGCGGGGCAGCUCGCCGUGCUUGCGGCAGUGGCCCCUGUCUGCGGGCUCACCCCCGUGCCGUCUUUGCGGCUCUCCGGGAGCCGUGUCCGCACGGCGCGCAGCCUCCAGGGGUCCCGGGUCAGCGCUCCCCCUCAUCCCGUCGGUAAGGCAAACUGCCCUUACUAUGCCAAAGCUGAACUCCUGGCUGACUAUCUCCAGACUAACUUGCCCAACUUCAGGGUUCACAAGAUCACUCAGCACCCUGACAAGUGGGAGCAGUGGCUUCGUGACAUUUGUGAAACAAAUGGAUGGGAACACAGACAGUGUCCUAUCAUUUGGAGAGAAUUGUUGGACCGUGGAGGGAAGGGUCAGCUUCUCGGAGGACUUAAUGAUUUUCUGGAAUAUGCUCAGCAAUAUUAUGGCAUCACUUCAAUGAUGCUGAGCGAGGAAAUGUUAAACAUUGCUGAGGAGAAUCUGCAGACAUAUCUUGAAAUUGUGAAAGAGGAUGAAGAGAUUAAAAGUCUUAUCAAUCCUAUGCAGAUCUGGAUUACCAGUGCAUCAGUUCCAAUCUGUUAUCAUCUGAUCCCGCUAUUGGCAAAUGGAGAAGUGUUUGGGAUGACCACAGAAAUCAGUAUCCAUUUGCUUGACAGUGAGCAGUUUAAGGAAAUGCUUCACAGUAUUGUAAUGGAAGCUGAAGACAUGGCAUUCCCACUUCUCCGCAGCAUUUCAGAGCACACAAAAAUAGAUCAGGCUUUUAUUGAUGCUGAUAUUAUCAUUGUUCUUGAUGAUGUCCUCUUAAACCUUGAAGUCCAAUCCCUUGAGAACUACAUCAGAGAAGUGAGUGAGAUCUGCCAAGUGUAUGCUCCCUUGAUUGAGAAGAAUGCUAAGAGUGAGGUGAAAGUCAUUUCAUCAGGAAAAACCUUUGCAAACCUUAAGGCAACAAUGUUAAGGACAUAUGGCCCAUCCAUUAGGCCUCAAAAUAUCAUUGCCAUUUCGACAUGCUGGGAAAGUGCAGCUAAAGCCAUGCUGGCCCGGAAGCUGAAUAUGAACAUAACAGGAGUUAAAGAUGUGAUUGUUUGGGGCAAUAUUACUGGGUCUAACUACAUUGAUUUGUCACAUGCAAAACUUUAUGGAUAUGACUGUGCUAUUCGGGGCCCUCCUAAUUUUCAACGUCCUUUGUUGAGUAUGAUUUAUGAUAGCGAAUGGAUCCAUUCAGAACUCCUGUCGGCACAGAGCACGCUGAGUUCCCGGGUGUCCCGUUGCACAGGAAUGUUACCUGCUCAUGCGAUAGCCACCGUACUGCGGUACUGGCACCACGGCUCUCCUUCUGAGGAGAUCAUUUCUGUGGGAAUACUUAGUGAAGGUCAGUUUUGCAUUCCUGAAGAAAUUAUCUUCUCUAUGCCAGUGAGGUUCCAGAAUGGUAACUGGGAAGUCAUGACAGAAUUAGAAAUUAAUGAAACAACACAAAAAGUUCUAGAACGCUUAUCCCACGAGCUGGUUCAGGAAAAGCUCGUUGCACUAAAGGAAAUAAAUGAAAUGCGUCCAUAUGAAGCAGAAUAAAACACCACGUCUUCUCCCAAGUGUUUCUCUGCUGCUUUUCCUAUUAUUUUGCUUUUCAAGUUCUGUCUUCAUUCAUCAAAAUAAGAACAGAUGAACACUAAAGCAUGUUUUAGUUUUGGUUUUUUCCCUUUUUUUUUUUUUUAUUUUCAGGUUGUGAAAUUCCUGCACUUUUCCAAUGUUCUCACAAUUUCUUUCUAAUUUUCAUUUUUUUCAUUCUUUUCCCUAAUUUGUUUUCUUUCUCCCUUCCUUCAGAUUCUUUCCAGGACUUUUAUAUCAGUCUAUUCUUUACUAUGAGCUGUUUUUUGCCAUUAAGGAUGGGCUGAAGAAUGGGGAAACUAUUCCAAGUUAGAUACCAGAGCCUCUACUGAGCAGAAAGCCUUUGGGUUAUCCAUGCUUGGUUUUUGGGAAAGGACUAAAGACAUAGUAAGAUAUUCUUGAUGAAUGCAGAAUUUAAUUAUUUGGCUAACCAUGGUGUUGUUUAAUCCAGACAGGGAGUUCCCAGUUAGAUAAGAGUGUCCUUAGCUGUCUGCUCUCUUCUUGUAUGGCACUGCUGUUCUGUAGAGCUGUCCCGUUCCUCUUGUGUCAGCAUUCAGUGCUAAGCAGAGGUGUUCUCACUGCUAGCAGUGAUGUGCUUAGUUGUGGCCUUCUCUUGUGACAUCAGUAUCAGGUGUUCAAGUACUCCCAAAGUGCCCUGCUUUAUCUCCUUGCAUGUGGAAGUAUUUUAAGAGGCUAGCAAAAAUAGCUCAUGUUUUGCCCUUUUUUUUUGCCUUACCUACUGGGUCACUUUAGCUAGAGUUUUCUGGAGGAGAAAAUGCUGGAAAUUCCCAUAUUAAGUAAGGUUUCCAUUGCCCAAAAGAGAAAACUAGAAAGAAAGUCUAAGCAUUGCUGUAGCUUUUGCAGCAUUUUACUCAUUAAAAAAAAAUCCAGGAAAUCUCUAGGUGGAAAAAGAUUUCAAAACCAGCAUGAAUGUAACAUUUUUGACCUGUAGACCAAAGUAAAAUUUCUACUGGUUUUAAUGAGUCUAAGAUUUCAUUUGCAUCUAACCACUUAUUUCCUCAGACCAAUAAACUAUUGCAAGAACAUAGUUUAAUGCCUAGAAUGUUCAUAUGAAAAUUUUGAGGACUGUCACAUACAGAGUAGAAGUUUUGUAAUUCCAAAUAUUUUUUUCAGAGGUACCGAAACACAGUAUUUUUGUAAUAAAAUAUCUUCUUAGGCAAAAUUGAUUUUUAAACAAAAAAAAAAAAGUUUAUACAUCUCCUUAGUGACAAGUUCAUCUUUGUUUCUAUGUUUUUCUUAUUUCUUUAAUGAGUUUCAAGAGAAUACUCAUGUGUUUUAAGUCAAACAUAAUUAAAUUCUUGUUUAAACAGAAUUGUUGAGGAACCACCUUUACUUGCAUCUUUGGUGUCUUAAAUGAUGAAGAUUGUGUUAAUGAUGUUCCUGUAUUUGCUGAUUUUUUAUCAGAUAUGUUUAAAACAAAAUAGAAAGCUUCCUGUUCUUUGAAUCGGUUACAUAUAGUUGCAAUAAAUUCAGUAUUUCUGUUCAAAUGGAGGUUCAAGCUCUGAAUAGGGGUAGACUUCCUAUAUGAGGAAACUAAGAGAAGUUACUGGCUGAUGAGGACAGGAGUGCGAGGGAUGUCUCACUGGUCUUGGAGAGGAGCAAAGAAAGCUGGGGUAUCACAAGGGGUCUGGAAGAAUCUGGGGUUCCAUGCAAAGUGUAUAUGGGAGAAGCAGCAUUUAGAGGGACUGAGAUAUUAUUGUAAGUAUCUUCAUGGAAGAGUUCACAUGGAAAUUGUAGAAGUGGGUGUUGUAAAAAGUCUUGAAGAGAAGGGUUAGGAACCAUUCAUUUCAUGGGAACUAGUCUCCAGGGAAUUAGGGUCCAGUAGUGUAUGCACAGAAGAUUGGCUGAGUUUCUGAGGAGAAUCUGGAAGCAGAUGUCUCAGGAGAAAAUAGCAGGGAGGGAUGCUACCAGUAGUCUCUACAAACUACCUGGUUUUUUCUAUAAUUCCUUUUCCAAGAUAGAAAAGUUAGCUUCUCUAAUGUGUAUUUACAUUUGGGCUUUCUCUAUAUAAUAGUCUUUAGCAAUCUUACUCUUUGAAUUCUUUUAUUCUGCCAGUGGAGAUCAAACAACCUGCAGUUCCAGCACCAACACUGCACAGCUGUUAAUGAGAGGGAAAAUAACUCUUCCUGCAAUUUAUAAGUAGACUUACCUGACUUCUGAGUCACCAUCUGAAAACCUCUCUUCUCAGAGACUGGGAGCAGGAAGAAAAAGCUGCUUGGGAUGUCUCAUGUAUCCUAAAUUAUUCUAACUGGAUUUGUUUAGUGGUGUGCAGGGAAAUUCAAGUCUUUCCUCAUGGAAGCAUAAGUGAAUGGAAAAUAUUUUUUUCCUAGCUUUUGUUUAGGAGAAAAAGAAAAAAAAAUAGGAAAGCUAAAAUAUGGUAACAUAUUCAAAGUUGGUUACAGCUGUAAAACAGCAAUUGACUUAGUUAUCAGUAAGUUUGUGUUUUCUAUAAGUAAUUUUUUACACAAGUAAAAAAUUUUUUCACAAGUCUCUAAGUCAUGUUAUGUAUGCAGGGUAUUCACGGUAUUGAUGACUCUACUACCUGGGUGUUAUGGUAACUGUUGAAAAAUUUAUGAAAAGAUCUUUAAGUUGUAUGUGUCUUACAAAUGUUAUAUAUAGAUUCGCCAUAAACCCUAGCAUUUGGAUGUACUGAAGAGCUUUGUGGUCUGAACAAUUCUAGUUCUAGGACAUUACCACUAGGGCUUACUAUUUUUCUUCUUUGUGUAGCUGCCCCAACUCUUUGUUACAGCACACUGUGCUUUCUGCAUUACUGUGUCAGCUUCUACCUCAUUUUCAGUCUCUAUAGCAACAGUUUCUCAGCAACUGGGAGAUGUUUAGUAAAGGCCUCUCAAUUUAGAAAUAUUGCACUCCAACCAUUAAAAAAAAAGAAAAGCUUUGAAACAAAGAUCAAAGAAGUUUUAUCUUUAAUAAUUCAGGAUAUUUAUUACUAAUUAAUUAGUGUUCUCUGUUUUGACUGCUUAGACAAUUACCUGAUACUUUGAUCUGGGCCUUUGCUAGGCAUUUGUUGUGAGCAGCUGUAAUUUAAAAAGGAAACCUUUAGAACUGUGUCUUGGAGUCAACUUUUAAGUGCUGUAAAAAUACUGGACUUCUCUGAUUGUGUCAUCUGACUUCUGGACCUUCAGUAAGUAAUGAGAGGAAGGUAAGCACAGCUGCUGUAUUUAAGAAGAGACCAUAAUUUUGGCCUUUGAAUAAAACAUAGAAUGUCUUUGCUAUUCACAGGAAACAAAUAUAACUGUAGGUUCUUUUAUGCAUAUUUAAGAUGUUAAUCAGAUGUUGUCUGAUUUCAAAAGAAAAGUCUCUGUGAUCAAGUCGAUUGAUCUGCUGGGAGGUUUCUGCCUUACUUCAUGUGGCUCAUCUUUAUCUGUACUUUAAUUUAAUUAUGUAGCGUGCUUCAAAAUGCAUUUUACUUGCUAAAGUACAUAUUCUGAGAACUUGUAUGUCAAACAAAGUACAUAUAAGUAAUCAAGUGUUACUUUUCUUUCAUAUUCCACUAAGAGUAAAGAAAAAGGCUGCCCUUGUUCUGCACAUAAGAGUAUUCAUGUCAAUGGGACCAGGACUGUUAACUGUAACAAUUUACUUUCUGAACAUUUGUUCAUAAUUUUAAUUUUUUUUGUUUGUAUUUUUAAGUGUUGUUCACUAUUAAAGCACACAAGUAACUGAAAUAUAACACAUGGGCUGAAAUAGUGUAUCAAUGGGCAAAGUUACUUCAGAUUUCAUGGGCAGCAGAUACUGCUUCUGCUUUCACAUUGUGUUCAUGUGCUAACAGUGAAGUAGAUUCUCUUUGUUUCACCCAGGGACUCCUACUGCAGUCAAGAUCUGGACUGUCUGCAGAGUUUUGUAUAUGAAAAUGUAGACUGUACAUACAUUAUAAUGUCUUCUGUAACUUUUUGGGAGGGUUCAUAGAUAUGAUGUAGUUGGUAAAACACAGAAACACAUGGUUGACCGUGAGACUAUGAAUGCCCAGUACAGGACUAUAGAGUGUUUUUCCAUAUGGGUAAUUUAAAUGUUAGACAUUGUGUUGUACUGGACAGAGAUCUGGUCAUCUUACAGUAAGUAUCAAGCACUCAUAUAUUAUGCGUGCUGUAUAACUCAAUAAGUCAGUGGAUCUGUUCUUAUUUGAGUGAGCAAAUUCUAAUGAAUUCUAAUUUAAAUGAGUUUAACCUGGACAUUUUAACAUUCCUCCAGUCCACUUUCUUUAUUUUAUGUACCUCUGGUACAGAGAAAAUAAAGGAGGCAAGCUGUGUAUUGGUAAGUCUACCUUCUAGAUUGCUACAUGUAGCUUUCACCAAACACUUAUGUUUAAUUCAUUGCUCUGUGUCUUCUGAUUUCACUGAUUUCCAUACAUGAACUUUUCUGUCAAGUUAUGCAGAGGCUCCUACUACUGCAGCUGUUUUAGGAACAGUUGAUCAUAUUUUCAUAUAUAUUACAUAUGAAUAUAUAUAUCUAUAGGCAAACUUAUGUACCUGUGUAAAUGCUGGGCAGAGCUGUAGUUUUGCAGAACCCUUAGUAAGAAAGAAAAUAGAAUAGUGGAAAAGAAACAUAGUGGUAUUUUUUCAAAGAAGGAUUACAGUAAAAACUGUGGCAUUGUAGUCUUGAAUGAAAAGGCUAUUAAAACAAAUCUGUAUGCCAGUAUUUUAGGCAUCUAAAUUUAAGUUAUGUCUGAAAUUUAGGGACUGGAACACAAAGUUGCAGCUUUCACCAAUUAAAGUGAUGAGGAGCAUAUUUAUGAUAAACUCAAUAAUUUUAGAUCAUUGAAUAUUUAUGCUUCAUAAAUGACCAGUAUUCUGUCAUGUUUAUGAAAUGAUCAAUGAUUCUAACUGAAGAAAUGUAAGAAGUGAACAUUUGUUUAAGUUCAGAUUUAACACUGAAUUUUUUAUUUAAGUUUUAAAUAAUUUCCAACUAUUUAAUUUUUAUUUAUUUUAGCAAACUUUCCCUUUGUUCUGCACAAUAAGCCAUAUAGAUGGCCUUUAGAAUCUUGUGUGACUUAGAUCCAUUAUACCUAGUGUUUUCCAACUGCAGUGUCAGCUGAAAGAUAGUUACUACAGUUAAUUCGUACUUAUAUUUCUGUGAUUGGAAAUAUAAUGUAGUUUAGAGCAUUAGUGAAAUAAAUCCUGAGGGGAGGCAUUCAGUUUCCAUUAUUACAGGGACAUAACUACUUUUGCUUUCAUAGUUGUUAAUGUAAGUAGGUUCAUGGUUAAGCUUCCUUUUCCACUUGCGUAUCAGCUCAAUAAGAAACCAUGUCAGCUCAGCCUAAAACUUUGGUUUUGCUUGAAAAUUUUAGAAAAUACUUUUGAGUAAUCACAAUCAGUGAAUCUGAGGAAGAGUCUGGGGUAGAUAUGCCCUCUGUGACCUGAAAUUGUACACUAUGGACCAUGUAGUAAUCCUGCAUGUAAACACCGGGAUCUUACUAGUGAAAGAUCUCAUUUCCUGUACUUAAAACUGUUUUGAGGAUUGGUUUUGCCCUGCUGCAGUUUUGCAGUUACUUGAAAUACUCCUAUUUUGUGCUGAGCAUAGAGCUUGCCAUUUGCUGGCAUUUCUCUGCAUGUGGCACUAAAACUAUUUUGUUUAAUAUAAUUCUGUUUAAUUUAAUUUCUGAAAUGCAUCCAGUGAAUUGUGCAGAUUAAAAGGUUUAAUUUGAAUGGUUCAAUAUGUCUCUGUCUAGAAUAUAUGGUUUUACACUUUGGUUUGUUUUGUUAUAGAAUGCCUAAUGCCAUCUGUUAAUUUCAAAUGGAUCCAGACUUGCAGGGUAAGGAUUUUUCUUAUUUUCCCCCAACUUUUCUCAAAAGGCAUUUCUGUGUCUUUUUGAACAGAAACUACUGAAUUUUAAUGAAAUCAUGCCACCUUGAGAAUCUCUGUGCUGUAGCACGUAAAUGACAAAUUACACAGCUGUGAUGUCCUACCUUUAUUGUUGGAUGUGUCCAGGCACCUUCCUUGCCACUCACUAUCAUAUUGGCUUAUGGAAUGGUCAGGCACAUAGGGCCAUGAUCCCUAAUUUAUAAUAAAUGCUAUGGUUUUUUGCAUACUUUGGAAUAGGCAUGCAGAUGGCCAUGCACUCCCUUUUUGUGUGCAAAAUCUCAGUGGAUACCUCAUCUGCCACAGAGAAAAUACCUCAAAAUGCAGAAUAGCAGGUAACCAGCUGAAGAUGUCAGGAAUCAGCACACUUCUAUGUGUGUAGGAGCUCCUGUGUCAGCUUCUCAACAAGGGACAUUUCUAUUUCUUUAGGUGAAAUUUGACCCACAGCAGAUUAUAUGAUUAUAAUGAUUAUAUGCUGGUUUUCUGUCCAGAGAGGAAGCCCCUUUCCUAUGCAAAACGAAGGAUUUUAACGAACGUAAAUAGCCUCUCAUCAGUAAAAAUUCUAAAAUGAUUUGCUAUUUUACUUAUGUGUCCUCACAUGUGAAUUCUGGAACUGUGCUUGACAGGCACAGAAUGCCCUACUUUGAGGCCACAUUUUGUUUGUAAGGGUGGACAAGAAUUAAGUAGCAGAUGGCUACUAAAACAGAUUCCCUUCAAUUUGAAAAUCAUCUUGUGCAUGGAAGGUGUUUGAGUUGAAUCAUGUGUAUAUUUCUAGCAUUUGUAUUUGAGAAUAAGCAUUUGGAACUUAAUCCAUAGCCUAAUGAAAACCGUGGGAGUUCUGUUGCUUUCAAAAGGGCUUUGGAUCAGUUUAUUGAGGAAAGAGAACCGAUGAUGCGUGGAAGUCAAAACUCAUUUUUCACAUUGUAUGACAUGCUACACUGCAUCUCCAAAUAAUAUCACAAAACAUAGUAUGACAAGAGCAGGUCUAAACAGAUGGUAUAGCAGUUAUUGGCAUCUUUCUAUAGCUUAGGCAGCAUCUGGGAACCAGAAGAGCCUAUAAUUUGCUGACUAUUAAUAUUAAUCUGGUGUAUUUCUUGGAAACCCUUGCACACAGAUUGGAACCUUUCCAGACUGAACAGGUGAAGUAUUCUGUGAGUUAUUUCUACUCAUUUAUACAUAUUUAUUGCUUAUCUUUAGCUGUAAUCAACUGUGUGUAACUCUUUCUGAAGUACAGGGAGAAAAAGAGUCUCUGAGGACAGAAUGAUAACUGAUUUGAAGCCCUUUCUAGUUUCUGAAGUUUAGUGAACAAGCCUUGUUUUUUGGUCUUGAUGUUCUAGGUAUGCGUAAAGUAUUUGGUAUAGGUCACAGUCUCUUACUUUCCACUCAGAAAAACAUCCUUUAUUGAUAUGAAAGAAAUAAGCUGAAAUCGUAUAAGGGUAUGGGAAUCAGUCAAGCAGAUUGAGUGGGUUUGCUAAACAGAGAUGUCAAAAGUAAUUUGCUCUGGUAAAGGGCUUGUCUUCUUCUGCAAGAGUCCCACAUGUUGAUCUUGACAGAAGAUUUGUUGUUCAGUGCUUGAAACAAUAUGCAUCCAAAACAAUAACCCUGCUGUGCAAACUGACAAACUGUUCCUUGAAGAAGAGCAUCUCUGAUCGAAAAACCUAUUUGUGUGAAGAAAUAUUAUUUCAUUACCAUCUUGGCUAAAAGUUUGUGCAGUGCAUAACCCUCAUAGGCCUUGUUCUGAUAUAUGAAUGAACCUGAUUCCCAAAGAAACAGAUGUGCUCUCUAUGUUAAAUUCUGAUUUUACAAGGGAUCAUGUUACUGUUUACAAGAGGACUGUUCACACCACAAACUUACUUUUAAAAAAAUAAAAUGUUUUCUUUUUGUUUUCUUUUUUUCCCCAAGAUUUUCCUUCAGAGUGUUGAUCAACUUGAAACUCCAAAUUCGGUUGUUUUGAUUUUUAGUUAGUUUUGAAUGAACCACUCCAUUGUAAUGUGUGUUUGUUUUCUUUCAGAGGCCUUCAGUGAUGUUGAGAACUCCGUAUACAGAACAGCCCUAAAACUACGCUCAGUACAAAGUCUUUGCCAGUGUUAGUAGCCAAAGAGAACCCUAUGCUUUUACAGGGAGGAGAAUCUGUAUAAAAUUUGCAUUGCUGUCACCAUGAGUUACUAUGCUACUUUGCUCUCUGAUUUUCCACCUUGGAGUUUCAGAAUGGAUUAUGAACACUUAACAUCUAGAUAGUGCUUCAUAUACAAAUUGAUUUUUUUUUCCUUUGAAUGUCAAUGGAAAUACAUGAGUGAAAUUCUAAAAUUACGCGGGAAUCAAAUUAUUUUUACAAUAUGCAGCAAUAUUAUGUAGACAUCACUGACAAUUAUUAAUCUAUCUGUGUAUAUUAUUAUGGUCAUGAAAAGUCAAAUUCUAACAUGUUUCUUAAGAGCUGAUUUAUUGGAAAUAAUCAUGGCUUAUUGAAAAUGCAUUGACUGGACUAUAAGAAUUAUUGAGAGCAAAAUAGAACAUGAUAGACCAGAAAACUCCUGGUUGGUAUUCAUUCUCCCUGUCUUUGAAGUGAGGGAGAAUUCAGUGCAAGCAGAGAGUUGUACAACAAAGUACUGGUCACAUAGCUCACUUUGAAAUUACUGACUGUAAAUUCCAUAUUGAGCUAAAUUUCAUGGAAAUCUUGAAUUUUUUUAUUUGUGCUGAAAAUGCGCAAUAUUGCAAGUGAGGCCUUCAGGGUAACACAGAGAAGGUGACUAGUUUGUUGGCCUUGGACAUAUUUCUUACAUUUGGGGAUGCUUUUCUAUGAAUACAUUUAGUCUGGUCUCAGUCCUGAUAUGGUUUAUCUGCCUGAUGCUCUGUGUCAAUGAGGAAGUCCCACAGGUACUGGUUUUCUUUUUAUGUGGUGUAUUGUUUUAGGCUUCAUUUUACAAACCUGUCUUAGCUAGGCAUUUCUGAUAAAGAAUAGUCAUGCUUCCAUUCAUGAAAAGGCAGGGAUCCUCAUUCAUUUCUUCCUUAAUUUUCCCAUAGUGGAUUUAAUUGACGUUUCUCUGAUUCAGCACAUCCUAUCAAGUGAACAAAGCCAGAGGGAAG